AGGAAGUCAUUGUGGAGGAUGUUGAUUGCCCAGUAAAACCUCUCGAACCGGAAAUUGUGCCAUUGCCAUCCAUUCAUGGUGCUGCUGAUCGAGAUCCCGAUUCAGAUGGUGAGAAUACGGCCGGCGAGCAUGAAAGUGGAGGGUGGAGCGGCGGCGACGACGACUACGACGACGGCGACGACGGUCCUCCACAAGGUCAAGGUUAAGGAAGAGACAAAGGAAUGCUGCGGCUACCAGCAGCCCUUGCCGUCGUCCACAUUGGCGGCCACCACCGUCGCGACACCCACCACCGCUUCGACGGCGAUUACUACGAGUGUCACCAAUACCAAUGGCAUCGCCACCGCGAAUCCACCGUCUUCGACGGCCACCACUUCGGUCGCCACCGCCGUCCCGGCUCCGCAGACUUCCGGUAUUAUCUGUCCCCCGACGACCGUCCCUAAUACUGUCGACUCUUUUCCGGUCGAUCUCGAUCUCAAGGCGAAGAAUAAGGCCUCCUCUGCACCGCGGGAGAAAUCCUCGCGGGAGGAAGUAGUUCAACCGGAAGCGCACUCGCCCUCGUCUCAGCAGCAUCAAAGACUCGGGAGUCAGCAGAAGCAAGCGAACGGUUCUCGAUCGGAGUACAAAGGUUCCAGAUCCUCUGACAACGACAGCCCUUUGCCUUCGCAAUCGGUCAAGUCCGAGCUCGAGGAAGGGUCCGGCGCUGCGAAUGCUGGGCCCAGGACGGACGAACAGGGCGAUGGUGUCGGGUUGGCGAACGGCACCGGCACCUCUGCCAGCGCAUCCAGAUGCGUCAGCAGCAUCUUCGCCGGACACGGCAAGCUCAAGAGGCUGCUGGGCACUCUGGUGCAAUUUGCCACCGACAUUUCGACGGAUACCGGCGACACGGUGCGUGCGCUGGUGCUCGCGCUUCUGAGCGGCAGCAUGACCGCCGAGGAAUUUCACUCGGCGUUGCAGGAGGCGACCAACUUCCCGCUCAGAAGCUUCGUCCUGCCGUACCUUAAGCACACUUUACCUUCCUUGCAGAGAGACCUGAGCAACGCGGCCCGAGCGAAUAAUCAGAGCUGCGUGCAAUUCCUCCGAUCCAACGAGUCCGCUGUUUUGGAGACUGUGGGGCUGGUCUCGUCCGGCGAGUCCGUCGAGGUGUUCGGCGAGCACGGGGGUGCGAACGGGAUCGUCGGCGGUAAUAAUCAGUGCUCCGCUCAUUACGCCAUGCGCUCGAGUUCUAAUCCCGGCGUCGGUGCCAUUCAGCACGCGACGGGCAGCAACGCCGCGGGCGCGUUGCAUCAUUAUUCAGGAGCUCACACGACGAAACGCCGUGCCUCCGACACCCCAUACUACGAGAACGGCGUCCUGUUGGAUGACAUGCCGGUGUACGGCAAGAGGUCCACUAAUCCUUGGAGCCAUCAUCACCAACAGCAACAGCAGCAACAGCAGCAGCAGCAGCAAUCAACGGAUCCGUCCUAUUGCUGGUACCAUCCGCUGCACUCCACGAGCGGGUCAAUUCAAGGUCACGCGCACGGCCAUGGUCCUAGCCCGGUGCCGCCUAGUCUGGUGCAGAUCAACCAAAUAAACGCGUUUUCCGCGCCGCAUCAUCUAACCCAACAGUCGCAACAGCCGAUGAGCCACAGUCUGCAAACGCAGAGGGGUAGUCUGGAUGACGAGUGGAAGAACAUCCACGUGAUGCUCAACUGCAUCCUUGGGAUGGUCGAGAAAACGAAGAGGGCACUGGCGAUCCUUCAGCGACGAGGGUGUUCCAGUCCGGCAGCCGCGGCACCACCCGCAGGUGUGGUGCCGGCGGCACAAAAUGGCACCAGUAACAACGGCAACAGCAACAACCCCUCGUCCACAAACGGUGUACAGAUUGAAUCAUCCACCGGCGAUCGGGAUGGCAGCCUGAAGCGAUUGUCCGGCGAAAUCGUCGCGCAGACGAUUAGGGCGACCGAGGACAGGGUGGCCGAGGUCAAACGGAGAGCCGAGGAAGCUGUGUUAGAGGUGAAAAGAGCCGCGGUGGCGGAAGUGCAACGAGCUGUGGCAGUUGCGGUUGCGGAAUCUAGGGCGAACGAACGUUUGAGGGUUCAUCGGCUACUGGAUCUCCCUCUGUCCCAAAGAAAUCACGGCAGUCUUCGUCAGGGUCCCUUUCUGAGGGUUCACGGGAGCUCGAGCGCGGUGGAGACCAGCACUAGGAAUGUAACAACACCGACGACAACGACAAAUUCAGCACCGUCGACCACCGAAGACGAGAAGGACGUCCAUCUGACCAGCAUGAUGGGAUCCAGCUGUUGGAAUUGUGGCAGGCCCGCCCUGGAGACCUGCGGCGGCUGCGGAAUCGCCCGGUAUUGCGGUUCGUUUUGUCAGCAUCGCGAUUGGGAGGCCGGUCAUCAUACGACCUGUAACAACCUGCCGCCGCGCGAGCCGCGAAGAUCGGCCUCGCGCAGCCCGCCGAGGGUUGCCGCCGCGAAUCUCUCCACGAGUGUCAACGAGGUCGACGCUACGUCAGUCGCGGCUGCCUCGAAGGGAAAGUGACGUCGCGGUAUUAAGAACAACCGAUCGAUUAGAUGGCUCGACUACGAGUCGCGUUGAUCGCGCAAAACCUAGCAACUUAAGGAGUCUUCUCUGUAAAAAGGUGGACGAAUUGAAAUGAAGAGAUAAUCAUUCCUCCCUGAAUGUUUUCGGAAGCGAUCUGUUAGAUUUUUCUUUUCAUUUCUUGAUUCUUGAAGAAUGAUAAUUAACUCUUUAUUAAUUGCGCAGAGUGUAAAUGACACUUCUGGACAAGAUCCGAUAGCCCAUUUGACUAAUUGGCCAGUUAAAUACUAGGACUUUUCGAUUAGCUAAUUGUACUGACAAUCCUAAACGGAUCAAUAUAUGUGAAUGUAUGCUAACAAUACCCUUCCAAUGAUCCCAGCCCAUUAUUUCGAUCAAAAAAUUAAUUGUUCGGGUUUUUGAGUAUCAUAUUCUAUUCAUCUUAAGCUAUAGUUUUGAAUUAAAACGUAAAAAAUUUGAAGAACAUAAAAAAAAUUUAAUGUGAACUUAACCAUGCAACUUAAUCUAAAUACAUAAAAUGCACAGGAAUCAUCUGUAUUCCAAGAAUUGAAAAAAGAAAAAUAUAACAAUCUUAUUAAAGAACAAUUUUUAAUUCUUGAAAAUUAGAAAUUUUAACAAGAGAUGAAUUCCUUCCAAUUCUUUUUAAUUCGUCCAUCUUCUGCAGAUCCUUCAUCGAUCAUACAUCUUCUGCUACUCUCAUCGUUAUGUCCUGUUCUUUCUGCGAAACUGAGAUUUCUUUUGUAAUAUUACUGAAAAUGUGAGCGAGUCUACAACAAGAAUUUACAAUAUCUAGUUCAACGUAACUGUGAAUAAAUUUAAUUAUUCGCUUGUGACAAGGAGACAGCAUUAAAAAUGCUGAUACGAUCAGUUAUCUUCUGAAUAGAUAAUCUCUAGUCCCGGCGUUUCAGUUAGACGAUAAUGUGCGAUAUAGUAAGUGAAAUACGAUUAUUUAUAAUCGAUUAGAAAAAUACGAAUUUUCGUGUGAUCGAUCAGCUUUGGUAUUCCAUCGAUCUUUAAAUCGUAGCAUAAUAAUUAAUAACACAGUACGACGGUCCAAAAAAUAUAUCUGAAAAAUAUCGGGAGUCUAUCUUCUGAAAAUUUGUAAAUUCCUCGGAUAAAACACAAUUUUUUGCGCACUUCGAAUGGAAAAAAAAACAUCGGGUGUGAUAAAAAUGUGUUUUUAGAAUUUAUUAAAUAUCUGAAAAAUAUCGGGAGCCUAUUUUCUGAAAAUUUGUAAAUUCCACGGAUAAAACACGAUUUUUUGCACGCUUCGAAUGGAAAAAAAUAUCGGGUGUGAUAAAAAUGUGUUUUUAGAAUUUAUUAAUUAAUCACGCAAAAUGAGCGACUGAUGAUUUCACUUCAAGUAGCGUAACCGAUCGUAUAGAUGUUUGCGUUUUUUUUUCUCGGAUAGAUAAUGAAAUAUGCACAGCACUGUCGUAAUAAAUGUUUAUCAGCAUCAUGUGCCAGCCGUUUUAUCCGCUUUUUAUCAUCUACCGAAUCGCAAAUUUCCGCAAUUCACUUAUUAUCUAGGAUUAAAGCAAACAAUAGAAAUAAUGCGUGUCUUAAACGUGUUUUUUGCAAUUAAAAGAAUAAUAGAUAACACACAGAGAGUGAAUCUCUGAAUAAUCUUCGAUCAAUGAAUCCUUGAAUCGACAUUAGCAGUAAAUAAAUAUGUAGCAUUACGAAAAUAACUCUCCCGUAGACAUUUUAUUUGUUUCGCUAUUUUAGCAAUUUUUUCACAUAAUGAGCAAAAAGUUAAAGAACUCGUCCAAUUGGUAAGCUUUGUUCGGAUUUGCAAUUUAAAAAAUGCAUCUCUUUUUCUUUUGUUAUUCGUAAUAAUCUGGCAAAGCACGAAAUUUAUGAUGCAUAAAAUUAUGACGAGCUAUAAUUUUUAUUCUUAUAUAUAUAUACAUAUAAAAAAAAACGAUCGAGUACUAUGUGUUCUUUCACAUGUGAAUGUAACUUUUUACCGUAUCUCAAUAUUACACCGCAGAAUAUCAUUAUGAAAAAAUAACAUGUAUCGUACAAGAUAAAAUCGAUACGUACACAACACAUAGAUACACGAAAAGUCAUUUGAUUUUUAUCGCGUAUUUACCCCGAUCUCGAUGUUUCUCAUACACGAAAAGAAAGAAAAUAAAUCGCAUCGAUUUUAUCCUAGUCAAUUGAUAGAUUUAAUGAUUGUAAAACGAGAUUAAUAUGUAACUUAGAGAAAUUCUCGAGAAUCUUUUACUUUUAAGCGCGCACACCUCAGGAUAUAAUUAUCACGUAUAUUUAUGUAAGUCUAGUCACACACACAUGUACACACACGGGAAGAUGGAGCGGAUUUAUCGAUCAUACGCAUUAGGAAAACUUUGCUCAAAUCUAGACUAUGAAUUAUUGUAAUUUUUCCUAGGCAUAUUGCGUUGCGGGGAUGUAUGAUAUGGAUAUUAUAUAAAAUGUAUUUGUAAACUAACGAAAUAUAUAAUAUGAUUAUUCUAUGUCAGAACAUAAGAGAAAUAGCAUCAUCAGAUCUUUUUAUUGCAUCCUACAACGCGAUUUAAAUGUAAAAACGGGAUA